UAAACUACAUUACCCACAAAGCAUCUCUUCGUGGAUUAUGCGCACUCACUGCAGCUAAAGCUUACAUAGGCAGAAGAGGACAACCGCCAGACUAAACGCUAUGGCCAUAACUUUGAUCAAUACUGUGGAAUCAGUGAUUUUAGCUAAACUGACCAGCACGCAGUACUUGUGAGUCUUCAACCGCAGUGUCUCAAGAGACUUUUGGUGAGCGAAUAAUUCCUCAUCUUUGCUUUUCUCUCCAUAGUUCAUAUCUUUCACACAGUAUCUCAGCAUAAAUAUCCAGCUUCUAAUCAUAUCUCUUGACCUAACCUCAGAUUAGUAGUAGCACAAUGAGUGACCCAAACUGCAAAGAAAAGGAUGCUCCCAACAGUCUGUCUAAUAGAGAUACGAUUGAACUUCCAGAUGAUCUCUCCUUGAGCGACUCUGACUCUGAUGAGCCCACAGAGCAUUUCGGCAGAAAGGUUGAGGACUUGUCAUCGUCCUCAGAGGAAGAAGGUGAGACGCAGCAGCAUGUCCUGUCUGUUCCUCAAGAAAAUCCCACCUUCAGACUGAUAGGUGGGAGCUCUGGUUUCUGUGAUCGGAGCAAGGACAUCUUUGCACAGUUGGAUAGUGCUGCAAAGAUAACAUCUAAGGAUCUAGGUGAAGACAACAUUCUUGAUGGCACGUUUGCCCGUCCUGCUCCACCGUCACCUCCACAGGGACCUCAAAGAAAGUGUGGUGUUGAUCAAGAGGCAACCAAAAAACAACCUCCAGUUAAAAAACUCCCAGACUACCUUGCACACCCUGAGCGCUGGACCCGCUACAGUCUUGAAGAUAUCGCUGAAACCAGUGAUAAAAAGAAUAGUCAGGUCGCUCAUCAGUACAUUCAGGGGCUUCAAGACAGCCGGAGGUCUCAGAAAGCCACGCUGGAGACCUUCACUCCAGCAUUCAACCAGGAUCACAGCAGCAGCAGCGAGAAUAAGAUUGUGUUCACUAAACCCAAAAGCAAAGAACAAAGUGGGAGCAAACUCGACCAUGCUAAGAAGGAAGAAGUUGGCCUUCAACACUUGGAUGAUCCCCACAUUUCAUGUGUGAAAGAAGAGAAAAAAAGGAAGUGGGGGACUGAGAAAAAGGAUGAAGACAAAAUGAUGUCCAGUAUUGUCUUCAACAGUAGCAAGAAAGUAAAUCGCAAACACUUCCGUAAAACACUGGAAGAUGAUGAAGGUGGCACAGAGUGAGCACUUUGAACUUUAAUACUUAAAACUACUGUUUUAAUGUUUAACAUUGUUUUGUAUAAAGUGGUUUGACUAUCCAAAUAUCUUGGUUUGGCUGUAUAAUCCAUGAAAAGCUCUUGCUGUCAUACUGUACAGGCUACUUCUCAAAGGAUAGCAUAAUAAAAUGACCCAUUAUCUGUAGACUGUUAACCUGUAUGCAGUGGUAUCAGUGUUUUAGUGUCUAUACCUUUAUUUUGUGUCUUUAUGAUCACUUUUCAUGAAUAAAUUUGACUCCGUUGUGUACUUUGAGAUCACGUUAAAUAAGUGUGCUUUGUCUUAAUGUUGGUGGAAAUGUUCGCUCAAUGUUUUGCAUGGCCAUGUGAUGAUUGAUUGAUGAUGAACAAUGCAAAUUAGGGAAUUAAUUCCACUUCUGGUACAGCAGCACAAGGCUAGAAGAACCAUGGACUUGAGGACAUCUGCUUUCAGCCGAAUCCCACUGUAAACCAUCCUUGGACUCAGCCGUUUUCCCCCUCCUCUGUAGAGCAUGUGUGUUUUAGUAAAUUAUUACAGUUUAAAGUCUUGAGGAUGAUAUUCAGGUUUUUUCAGAGAAACCAAAUGUUUGGGGGUUUGACCAUGAAUAAACUUGGAAAAUUCAGGAUAUUGCAAAAGUAUAAUUUGCGCACCUAGAAAAGUCAUUUAGCUUUAUGUAGUCUAUCGGUUUUAGUAGUUGUACUCAGUUAUAAAGUAUUUCUUUGGAUUAAAAAUACGUUUUGUGAAUGCAA